AUGGAGAGAUAUCUUGUGUUCAUUGCCACUUUUGUGCUGAUACUUCAUCUUGUUCAACCUCAAGAUCCAACUGGAUUCAUCAAUGUGGAUUGCGGUUUACCCCCUCGUGAGUCUCCUUACAACGUACUGCCAACCGGUUUAUCAUAUACAUCAGAUGCCGGUUUAGUUAACAGUGGGAACACCAGUAGAAUCGCCAAGGAAUUUGAAGCGAACUACACUAAGCCGAUUUUGACUCUGAGAUAUUUUCCGGAUGGACUACGUAACUGCUACAACCUAAAUGUCACACGGGACACCAAGUAUCUGAUCAGGGCCAGAUUCGUAUAUGGAAACUACGAUGAUCUUAAGAUCGGCCCAGACUUUGAACUUUACUUGGGUCCGAAUAUAUGGACAACGGUUGGUAGUGAUGAUGCUACAGAGGAGAUCAUCCAUGUGACCAAAUCUGAUUCUUUACAGGUAUGUCUUGUUAAGACAGGGAAAAGUAUACCUUUUAUAAAUGUCUUGGAGCUACGACCAUUGCCGAAUUCUGCGUACGUUACAGAAAGCGGUUCGUUGAAGUCCUUAUUCAGGAGGUAUCUUAGCAGUUCCGGUCUUACUAUACGAUUUAUUAUACAUAUGCUAUAA